AUGUAUUCCGUAGAGCAGACGCAAAUAGGUGAACACAUUGAAAAGUCUUCCGCGCCAGCUCGUCUUACGCCAUAUCAUGUUCGAGAAUUUUCCUGUGGAACUCUCUACUAUAGAACCUUCUUUGUUGAUACAAAGCGAGAUGCACUCUACGUUGGCGCGAUGGAUCGUCUUUAUCGACUUAACAUGAACAAUAUCAGCGCAUCACACUGUGAGAGAGAUGCAAUAAAUCUAGAGCCUAGCAACGUAGCGCAGUGUGUGUCCAAAGGAAAAUCAGAGCACUUUGACUGCCGAAACCACAUCCGGGUGAUCCAACCAAUGGGAGACGGUUCUCGCCUGUACAUCUGCGGGACCAACGCGCAUAGCCCUAAAGACUGGGUUCUCUAUUCGAAUUUGACGCACCUGCCCCGGCAUGAGUACGUGCCGGGCAUCGGCAUGGGUGUCGCCAAGUGCCCCUACGACCCGGCGGACAACUCCACAGCUCUGUGGGUGGAGAGGGGCAAUCCUGGCUCCCUGCCCGCCUUAUAUUCGGGCACUAAUGCCGAAUUCACGAAGGCAGACACCGUCAUUUUUAGAACCGAUCUGCACAACUUGACCACUGGAAGAAAGGAGUUCUCCUUCCGGCGGACACUUAAAUACGACUCGAAGUGGCUAGACAAACCAAACUUCGUUGGAUCUUUCGACGUCGGCGACUACGUCCUAUUCUUCUUCCGCGAGACCGCAGUGGAAUAUAUCAAUUGUGGCAAAGCUGUCUACUCGAGGGUAGCAAGGGUCUGCAAGCGUGACACUGGAGGAAAGAACAUCCUUAGUCAGAACUGGGCCACCUAUCUGAAGGCGCGACUCAAUUGCAGCAUACCUGGAGAGUUUCCCUUCUACUUCAAUGAAAUACCCGAGUCCACAAACUUAGAUUUUAACUACAUUCCCCUUCGACCCAAACAUGCAAAUAUUGACUGUCAAUUCGGGACAAAUAUACGGAGUUUCAAUUCAAUGGUGCAUAGAGAUUUAAGCGACAAACGCGCAGCCAAUUCCCGACGAGGUCCCAUCUUCAUCUAA